GCGAGUUGCCCGAAAACAUGCAUGGUCCAUGACCAUUUUGGUGCUACCCAUUCAAAUCAUGGAAAAGACGACCGCUCCCAGCGAACACUAUGGCGGCAGUGGUAGCCGAUCGUGCCCAGGUGUUGUUGGCCACGCCAGAGCCGGCGCCCUUCGACCGUGGUGUACGGGUGGACGAUAAUGCGUAUGGCCGGCGGUGGCGUGAGUCGCGGGGUGGGCGCCUCACUACGUCGUUCUUGGCCACGCCGAAGGCCUCGGCUCGCCGGGCUCUAUUCGUCGCGAACUCGUCUAUAUCUAUCUAAAGCUCUUCGUUCUUCCUCGGCAGUUCCGACUGUUGCUGGUCCACUUCCGCAAUGUCCUCGACCAGCUUAAAGCAGUCGUCCGCCUGGUUCGACCGCUCCGACUCCGGCUUACGGUAUACCUCAUUCAGCUUCUGGCAGCUUUCCAUCAGCCUACGGCGUUACUUGUCUACCUCCCAGCCUACGUCCGCCGGCCCGGACCGCUCCUCGGUCGUGUUCCACUGCUCCAGCCAGGCCGGUGACUUUUCGGAGAUAGGCCCAGUUACCAACCCCAUCAAAUACAGGCGCGAGAUAUCGGGCCUCUCGAUAAGGGGCUGCGGCCGUAGGGCGUCGGCUUUUUCAGUAUCGAGACUAUCGCGGCCUAGCAGGGCGCUGCUCUGGGACACCGGUCAACCCCGCCGGGGGGGGAGGUGGGGGGGGGAGCGGGUCCUGGUUGUGCGACGUAUCUGUGGGUGGCGCUCUGGGCCGGCUCUAGUGGCCUCACCUUGGCCGGCUCGCUGGCGGUGUAAGAGCUUUUGGGUCUCCAUCUGUAAAGGCGUGGACGAACGACGGGUGGGCCACCGAAGGCGGGUUUGUCCGUAGGCAACAGGCAAAAACACAGGAACAAAUGGAGCAGCCACAAAGAUGUGGACAACGGCCGAGACUGAACACAGACCCGAGAGAAGCUGGUCAGAGCCUGGCCAGCAAUGUAGGCCAUUCAUACGUGGACAUGUGUGUUGGCGAGGCCCAGCGAUGAUGGAGCCCGCCGCACCAGCAAGGAUCUUGUCGCGAAGGACGGCGUACAGUUUGAGGCAUGUCUGUGUUCAUUGAUCUGUCCUGGCGGUCUUGAGGCCGAAGCUACUGUUAUGUACACAGAUGGAAGUGGCAAAUAUGCUAGGCUGCAGAGACUAGAGUGCUGCCUAAUGGAUCAUUCAGAUACCCAAGUCGAGGUGCAGCGGCGUUGAGUGUCCCGUGUUACGUGACAAAUCUCGUUCAGACAAGCCUGUGUACCAAUUUGUAUCAAGAAUAGCGGCAUGAUAUGUAAGAUGAGGGCUCUGUCACGUAGGACGGCUAACGGUG